AUGCUUCAAACAUUAUACUACUGCUACUUGGCUCUACUAACAGCUCUCUCUGCAACUACAAGAGUUAACUCAUUUGCCACUUGUUGGCGCUGACAUUCUACUGGGAUAUAAGAUGGCUAAGGAUAGGUUCUUGGCUAAGGUGGUGCUGGUGAUGCUUGCACUGGUGGGUGUGAGUGAAGGGUCCCGGGUGCUGAUGGUGCUGCCGCUGGGUUCUUCGUCUCACAAGAACAUAAUAAUACCGUUGGCCGAGGCUCUGGGUAGUCGUGGACAUCAGGUGAUAGUUGCUUCACUUCACGCCAGUCCUGCUAACUCUUCCCGCUCCUACACCGACCUGGUAGCCUCCGACGCCUGGGAGACCAUCCGUAAAGUGACGGGCGACUUCAAUGUCUUCAAGAUGCGAGAAGCUAACGGUGGGAAAGACGUGAACUCCGAAGUAAUGAAGAAAGUGCUACGUAAUCUGCCAGAGUAUUGUGACGCCUUUCUGCGUGACCCUGGAGUGCAGACCGCCUGGACCAGCAAGCCAGACCUGAUCCUCCUGCCGGCGUUCAUGAACGAGUGUGGGCUGGCACUAGUUCAUAAGUUCAAGGCGCCCUUCAUCUAUGUCACCACCUCGGGUCUCACCCCUUGGACAGCAGACCUUAUGGGCAACCCGGAAAACCCUUCCUACAUACCCAACCAGUACCUCACCUACGGUGCCCACAUGAGCCUUUGGCAACGCACAGUCAACACCCUCGUCAGAAUCGCUGGUCCGUAUCUGAGGAAACAAUUGGUGAUGAACAGACUGGAUGGAGUGGUGCAGAGGUUCCUGGGAGACCCAUCAGUGUCACUGUCUGAGGUGGAGAAGAACGUGUCACUGGUCUUAGUCAACUCUCACUAUUCUCUGGGGCACCCACGCCCCCUGCUACCCAACGUGGUGGAGGUGGGUGGUAUGCACUGCCGCCCAGGCCGCCCCCUACAGGAUGCCCAACUUCGACAUUUCCUGGACUCUUCUACCGUACCUGUGGUGCUCUUUAGUCUGGGCUCAUCAAUCCGCAGCGAACAACUUCCUCCCCGGGUGUUGCACUCACUGAUGGCUGCCUUCCGUCGUCUUCCCUACCGAGUAUUGUGGAAGUGGGAGGGCGGUGCCCUUGCGGACCUUCCAGCUAAUGUAAUGACGCCCUGGCUGCCACAGCAAGACGUGUUGGCACACAAACGGGUACGCGCCUUUUUCACCCACGGAGGAUUGCUGUCACUUCAGGAGGCUGUCUACCACAAUGUUCCACUGGUAGGACUGCCCAUCAUGAGUGACCAACACCUCAACGUUCGUCAGGCUGUGGCCUCAGGUGUGGCCGUCGAACUCAGUCUGGAUAGCCUGACGGAGGAGGGAGUGUACCAGGCUAUUAGGAGCGUGGUGGAGGAGAAACAAUACAGACAGAGAGUGAUGGAGAGGUCACAGCUUCUGCGUCACCAACAAUCUCCACCACUGGACACAGCUGUCUACUGGACUGAACAUGUGCUACGUUAUGGCGGUGGUCAACACCUGCGGUCUGCAGCAGUUGACAUGCCACUCUACCAAUACCUGCUACUCGAUGUUGCUGCUUUUCUACUGACACUCACUGUUCUGCUGCUGCUGCUGCUUCGUUCAAUCUUGACAGCACUCAAACGCUUGUUUGUGCGCGUCCUCAAGAACACUGUUACAAAAGCCCUUACAACUCUCAGAACACAUGUUAAGUUACAAUAAGACACUGACUACAGCUGAGAGAGAGAUCUGAAGCAGUGUUAGCCUCACUGCUCUCAGAAUGAAGUACCUACUGUUAGUUUCUAUUAGUAUGGUCUCUGUUAAUGCUGUUAGCUUCGGAUGUUUUUCUGUUUUUAACCCUGAGCUGUCUGCUCUGGGUUUGAUGGACCUUCCAGCUAUCAGUGGGAAGCUUCUAUUGUGGCUGAGAUUGAUCUGAGACAGUACAACUAUCACCACUACCACCUCAACCAUCAUCACCACGACCACUCACCACCAUCAAUCACACACUACCACCAGUCACCACCACCAUCACCACAACUACCACCAGCUGAUCUCAGCACAUCACGUCUCAACAUGUAUAUCAUAAAAGUACAUUCCACUUCACUAUAUACAUUAUAUAGUGUAGAUAUAUUUUUAUAUAUUUUUAUACGAUAUUAAUAAAGACAAUAUGAAACAAAA